UAUGCAUUGUAUAGCGCGGCGCUAUACAAUCUUUUUUAAGGCACGCCUGUGAGGUGGUGUCCUUUUUUCUGUAGUGCUUGUUGAUUUCUCUUCGUUUUUUCUCAAGUGGAGCAUGGCUGGAGCUGCAUUGAAACGUUUAAUGACUGAGUAUAAGCAGCUGACCCUCAACCCCCCAGAGGGUAUUGUUGCCGGCCCGGUGAACGAGGAUAACUUCUUUGAAUGGGAAGCCACCAUCAGUGGCCCAGAAGGGACAUGCUUUGAGGGGGGUGUCUUUGAGGCUCAGAUUCUGUUCCCACCGGACUACCCGCUGAAUCCUCCCAAGAUGAAAUUCAAGACGGAGAUGUUCCACCCAAACAUUUACGCUGAUGGAAGAGUAUGUAUCUCUAUCCUCCAUGCACCGGGAGAUGAUCCCAUGGGGUACGAGAGCAGCGCGGAGAGGUGGAGCCCCGUACAGAGUGUGGAGAAGAUUCCUUCUGUGGUCAGCAUGCUUGCAGAGCCAAAUGACGAAAGUGGUGCCAAUGUGGACGCCUCAAAGAUGUGGCGAGACGAACGGGAAAAAUUCAACAAAAUUGCUGAAGGAAUCGUCAGGAAGUCACUGGGUCUUUCUCCUGCGCUGUCAUGACAUUGCCAAAAGCAACCAAGCCCUUGGAACAGAAAGGGGGAAAAGUAACAAGGUACUCGUGUACAUGCAGAUUAGAGAGAAAUGUGGAAGAUAUA